AUGAACGCCCAUCCACCCAGCUACAUCAUUCUCAACGGCCCUGACGGCCUUCCACGACUGCUCGCGAGCACCAACAUCCUCAAAGGCCAACCCAUCAUGUCCUACUCAGCUCACCUAUGCGUCCUCAACGCCAACGCCGACAUUGCUCGCGUCUCCCACUCGUGCAUACCAAACGCCUUCCAACAUUGGGACCCAGAUUCCCAUGAGAUGAUCCUUCGAGCUCUCCAACAUAUCGCCGAACGCCAGGAGAUCACGAUCAGCUACGAGCAGGAUGUUGACACUUUUCUGAUGCCGAAGGCCGAGAGAAUGCAGCAUCUUCGACAAUUGCUCGGGUUGCAGAUUACCUGCACCUGCUCAGCCUGUGGCCCCUCGGACGCGCAACACGGAACUGACGACUCCCUCCGAGUGGAGACUGCUGAACUGCUGGAGAUGAUCAAACCCCUUCCAUUACUCGACGACGACUUCGAGCUCAGCAUCCAUACUACUCACAUUAACCUCAGGCAGUUGCAGAAACUCCACGAGCAAUACAUUAAGAAUCUAGUCCAACUGGCCGCAAAGGACCACAAGUUGUGUCACGCCUACUGGCUACUCUACCAAUUCCACGCUUACAUCGCGGACCAUGCCGAUGACAGGGAAACCAGGAAAAUCGCCGUUGCUGCUCUUCAGCUUGCCAUUGCCGUCUGCGUGACUUGUUAUGGUAACCAGCAUCACAAGGUUCAGGAGCUUGAUGCGGAAAUGAGUGAGCUAAAGCACAAGGUGGUGGAGGUCCUGUCGAAGCACUUCCACCGGAAUCGAAGCGUAUCUGAAUAUCCUACAGAGUGA